CGCAUGAAUAACCGUGUUUCGGCGCCCAGCAAGCACAUUUCGCCGUCGGUUUCCGUCCGCUCUGGAUGUUUCGACAGAACGUUCGACGACACCCAUUGCUAUAUACCAACUCGACGGAGAUCUGUUUGUAUGAUUUUCGAUUAACGAAAAUAGGCGCAGCACAGACUGGCAUGAAAUAGAUUGAUUGACUACGAUAGAGCGCCGGUCAAUCGGUCCGCUAAGGUGUAACUUACCUAUCUCCAUGUUUAACUGGUGUUGUGUUGACGAUCGUUGACGAAGAAAGGAUAUACGCUCGCGCAUAUUCGAACCUGUUGUCUGUAUUCUAUGCGACGGUGCUUAUAACUCGAAAGGAUAUUACACCCAAGCCGCCAAUAUCGACUGCUGUUCUAAACGAUUUUGCCACGAUAGAGUACUGAUACCACUGAGAGCCAUGCGGUGGUUUCUGCUUUUCACGCUGGCUAUAGCCGGCGUCACGUCACAAUCCGGCAGAAUAUGUGAACCCAUUGAAAUCGAAUACUGUAGGGGUAUUGGUUAUAACGUCACUGGUAUGCCGAACUUUUUCGGCCAUGAAGCCCAGGAGGAAGCUAGACAGAAUUACAUGACGUUUUCACCAUUGAUCAAGUACGGCUGCAGCUCACAGCUCGUUUUUUUUCUUUGCUCGGUCUACGUGCCAAUGUGUACGGACAAGGUCCCAAAUCCCAUUGGGCCCUGUCGACCGCUCUGCGAAUCGGUUCGGAGGUCAUGCGCUCCCACCCUUCAAGAUUUUGGUUUCAACUGGCCUGAGCAACUCAACUGUACGAAUUUUCCUCCUGAAAACGACGGCGACCAAAUGUGUAUGGAAGGACCAGCACCAGAUACGGCUGUUGACCCGCCCACGCCUCCGCCGCCACGCAAGACCCCUAAGCGGCCCAAUAGCGUCCGGCAGAAGUCAACACAUUAUUGGAACAAACAUUCGAACCAGUGCUCUCGCUUUCGUCAAGGGGACCGCUCGUAUGUUUUCGUCAAUGCGACCGAACGUUGCGGCCAGCUCUGUGAUAGUGAUUUGCUAUUUUCAGCUAAGAACAAGCGUUUUGCAGAUAUCUGGAUGGCCGUAUGGACCGUGGCAUGCUUCAUGACAUCGGCGUUCACUAUCCUGCUUUUUUUUAUGGACAGAUCGCAAUUUGAGAUUCCAGACCGAGCUGUUGUUUACCUCUGCGUGUGCUAUUGUGCUCAAUCUGUUGGUUACUUUAUUCGUUUACUACUCGGAAGGGGCGUUGCGUCCUGUUUCCAAGUGGGCGCCGUCUCCGUCCUCGUCCACCAGGGCCUGCAAAGCUACUACUGCUCAUCGGUGUUCGCCUUUCUCUACUAUUUCAAUAACGCGGCGUCGAUGUGGUGGGUUGUAGUGACAAUAACGUGGUUUAUGUGUGUCCCGUUAAACUACCCGCCUCAGCAAGUACAAAGAAGGAUGGUUUCUCUCCAUUGUGCCGCAUGGAUUAUUCCAGGGUUUAUGAUGACUGCGAUCCUCGUCAUGCGUGCAGUGGACGCUGAAGAACUAACCGGUGUUUGCUACGUUGGCAAUCAGAACCGUGACACUUUGCUGGCGUUCGUCAUUCUGCCACAGUUGUCCUGUCUAAUUCUCGGCUGUGCCUUCCUGAUCUGCGGUGGUGUAACGUUGUACCGACGAUGGCAGUCAGAGACCCCAGCGAAAAGUUACAGCAGUUGGUAUAAUCCGGAGUCUCGGACGUGGAUCUUUGCCCUUCUCUAUGUGAUACCAGCAUCGUGCGUGCUUGGCGUGAAUCUCUACGAGUAUAUUUAUCGCGACUCGUGGAUACUAAAUCAGAAUGGGCCGAUUUCGCGGCCGCACGUCGAGUGCUUUGUCUUUAAGAUGUUUAUGAGCGUUGUAGUCGGUAUCACUGCCGGUCUAUGGACGUGGUGUUCCAAAGCUCCGAUGCACGAUCAGUCUGUGAGCAAAACGGGAGCGCCCCCAUUGCUCGUAACUACGCCGUUCCAGCAUCAACCGAUAAUGGUACAGAAUCAGUAUUUCGUACCCGAGCAUCUACUGCAUCAAAUGCAGCAGCAGCAACAACACCAGCAGCAUCAAUAUCAUCAACGGCACACCGUCUUGUGAUGGAUGGGUUUCUAUUGUGUCCCGUAUACAACCUUAAUGCAACAGCAAUAAAGCUCAUGCGAUCCUGUGUGUGUUGGACACUACAUUAUCACAAUCGAUUGUUAAGCACGGCCAAAACCUAAGCCCUAGUUCCUUAAACCAUUAAGUUCAUAUGAUCGGCCUAUUCUAAAGACGUACAUCUUUCUCCCCGUUGCUAGAGGACCUUUAGGCAUAGAGCCGACCACUGUUUUUGCCACAGCCUGUGUUCAUUUAAAAACUGUUGAAGUAUUUUGUCUAAAUAGCGCGGUGUACGUUUCGAUAUCAACAUGUCGUGCAGCAGACUGUUCAUUUUCCCGUUGAGCAACGAUGUAAUCUUUUGACUUUAUCUGGUUGCGUUAAACCGAGAAAGUGCACCCCUGUGAAUUUCCUUUACAAUAUAUUGGGUCACAAAUACACGGUUUUAAACACUUGGUAAACUCCAUACAGACUAAUUAUUUAUGCAGAAAGAGCGAGACGUAAAAGAUGAAGUUAUAAUGCAUGCAUUAGGCUGUUGCAAGCCAGCCCGACAGAUGUUGAAAUUGAACGACUUAUAAACUACGCGCCGCUAGCUGCGCGUAGUUUUUAUAGUUCGCGAACUUGUGAGUGCAAACCGGUUGAGUUUAUUCCGGGAGAAAUGAAAAGGAAAAACAUUCUUUAAGACCAAAAUUAACGCCCAAUGGUCAAGUUUUUGUCUCUCCAAGGCAUACCGUUGCAGAAAUUCGUUGAAGAUUGGUGAGAGCCAAUUAAGCACGUGAGUCUUGAAGGCCAGCGAGAAAAUCAUUACAUGUCCGGACCCGAAGGGCAACAACGCAUUGCCACAAUCGAGAACCCUUCUCACGAAAGUAGAGCUUGAGGCCUAAGAGCUCCGAAGUCCGUCACGUUUGCUGAUAGCAGCCUAAUAUAUGCUGGUGAAUGGAACAGACCGAGAUUACCUGGAUAGAUGCGUACACUUUGAUGAGGGCAGUUUGUGCACAGACAUCAUUACUCCAGGGUUUACUCGAUUGGUUUCAAUCAAGCUCAGGACAAUCUGGUCCUGUUUUCAAUUCUAUCUUCGCCUUAAUCCCCCUCGAAACUUGUACAUAAAUUAAAUACCCACUAUAUUGAUGGCUGUUACAGCGCUGAGUAGCCAUUAUCUCCUUGUAUUUACUCUUGACUAGACGUCUUGGCCUCAACUGGCUAAUACACAUUUCAUGUUACGCAGUAACAUGCACUUGCGUUUGUAUUUGCUAUUGCCAUCGACGGACCCCAAUACCCACUGAAAUCUGUUUCUCGAUAUCCCUUUAUAUACAUAUGUACGCGGCAUCAUUAACCGUGUUAUUUUCAAAAUGUAGUCAUUUGCGAGUACCUGAGAGCGCGUUAUAGUGCCAUAAACUCGUAAAAAGUUCAAUCUAUGCACAACGAAGAUUCGUGUUUAAUCUAGGUACUUCAGUAGUCCUGAAAUAACGAUUUCGCGAUGGAGUUGGGACUAGGUUGAUUACAGGGUAAAGAAGCAAUAGACGUUGUUGUAUUUCUUUUCUAAGUCCACGCUGGAAAAAAGCUGGGAAGAGAAAAAGGAAUACAAUUGCAUUGAGGAGUAAUCUGCAGUACGAUACAACGGUAGAAAUACUGCUUCUUUUUGAAGAAGUACCCCAAUGCGCUGAGAUGACAUGCAAUCUGGUACAUAUGAUAACACAGUAAUGUAUUGAAACUCGUGCAAGUAGGAAUUUUAUGAAUGGCUUGUGAAAAAAAUAACGCACCAAUAGCGGUAACAACACUUUUCAUGUUUGUAGCUGAUAGACCAAAAGAGCUACGUUUGUAAAUUUGUGUAAAUAUUCUGUAUUUAAUAAUAAAUUAAUAAAAAUCUAGACAGAAUACGAAAAACGAAACAGUAAGGGAAUAAGAAGAGAAAAGAGUACCAAUUAGAAAAAGUAUGUAAGAAAUAUGUAAAUAAAAUGGAUAUUAAG